ACGUCACCGCACAUCGCUGCAGCGUUCACCACUGCUGGAUUCAUACACAGAGAGAUCCUCGUCCUCAAGAAAAGCACCCAAAGAUAUAGAUUGGUGGAAUGUAAGGCAGGAAAUUUUGUUUCCUUUAUUUUUCUAGUGAGCUGCAGCCAUCAGAAGAGGAUUUAGACUCAGCAUCUCAUCAUGAGCAUUAAGCAGCCCUGCAUCUUUCUCAGAGGAGGAGCAAAGAGGAGACAAACAAGAAAUCUCACUCGGGACGAGCUGGAAGAGCUACGUGAAGCUUUUAUAGAGUUUGACAAAGAUAAGGAUGGUUUCAUCACCUGCAAAGACUUGGGGAACCUGAUGAGAACCAUGGGCUACAUGCCAACUGAGAUGGAGCUGAUUGAACUGAGUCAAAACAUUAACAUGAACUUGGGGGGACGAGUAGACUUUCAAGAUUUUGUGGAACUGAUGACUCCCAAGCUUCUUGAUGAAACGGCCGGGAUGAUCGGGUUGAAAGAACUCAGGGAUGCUUUCAGGGAGUUUGACAUAGAUGGGGACGGAUCCAUCACCUCCGAAGAGCUGAAAUUCGCUAUGAUAAAGCUGUUAGGCGAGCAGACGAGUGAGAAGGAAAUAGGAGAGGUGGUCAAAGAAGUCGACGACAAUGGAGAUGGAAAAGUUGACUUUGAGGAGUUUGUGAAAAUGAUGUCAAAGAAGUGAGGGCAACAAAAUGAAGACAGAAGAGGAUGAAAGUUGUUUUAAUCUUCAUCUGACAAACUCUUAUUUUUGUAAAUAAUCUACAUUUCUAGUUACAUUAAUAGUAUCUUCAUUUAAUUUAUUACAAAAGAAGUUGUUGAAAAAUGAUGGCCAAACUUUUCAGCAGUAGUUCUUAAUUUAAAAAAGAAAUAAACAUUUUUGAUGUAUCAUGUCACUGUUUUCUGUUACAUUUGUUAUAUUUUUACCUUUUCUUAUCCAGAACAUUUUCAUUGAGUUACCAGUUCGUGUCAUUUGUUAAAAAAAAUGUUCAACUAUCUAAGAAAAAAAUAAAGGACUUUGAAUUGAA